AGAAAGAAAAAAACUUUUUUUCCAAUAAAUAUUUGAUUUCCCUUGAAGUUUAAAGACUGGAUAAGACACUGCAGGAAUGUAGCAAGCUUUAUAUAGCAAAUCUUUUUUUUUAUUGUUACAAACACUUGACUGUAACUGUCAAAGGUUUAUACAGUCAUGCAAUCCCUGCGAUUCAUGGUAUUUACUUUAAAAGGUUUAAACAAAAUGUCUUCUGCUUCUCCUAAAAAACAGUGUGCUGAUUUUUUAUCUAUUGGGACGCAUGAUGGAACUUUUCAUUGUGAUGAAGUUUUCGCUUGUUGGAUGUUAAAACAACUUCCUCGUUUUAAAAAUGCUUCUAUAAUUCGAACAAGAGACAAUGCUAAGUUAAGUCAAUGUUCAAUUGUUGUUGAUGUUGGAGGAGUGUAUGAUCCAGAAAAGAAUAAGUUUGAUCAUCAUCAAAGGACAUUUAGUGGAACAAUGAAAAGUUUAGGUAACAUGAAGUGGGAAACAAAGCUAAGCAGUGCUGGACUAAUAUAUUUGCACAUGGGGAAAGAAGUUAUUUCUGAAAUUACAAGUUUACCACAAAAUGAUGUAAUAGUAUCACGUUUAUACGAAAAGUUGUAUGAAAAAUUUGUUGAAGAAAUUGAUGCUGUUGAUAAUGGAAUUGAUCAGUAUGAAGGAUCGCACCCAAAAUACCAAGUCACUACAACAUUGUCAAGCCGUGUAGCUGGUUUGAAUCCAGCUUGGAAUGAUAGCAAUCAAGAUGCAACAAGUGGAUUCUAUAAAGCCCUUGAUAUGGUUGGUUUGGAAUUUUUAGACAGAAUUCAUUAUUAUAAAGACGCAUGGUUACCUGCUCGGAAGAUUGUUGAAGAUGCAAUUGAUGAAAGAUAUAAUAUUGAUGAGAGUGGUGAAGUGAUUGUAUUUCAUCAGUCAGGAUGCCCAUGGAAAGAGCAUUUAUUUGAUAUCGAAAUUGAGAAAAGCAUUGUUCCUAAUAUAAAGUUUGUACUGUAUCAAGACCAAAAUCACAAUUGGAGGGUACAGAGCGUGCCAGAAAGACUUGGUUCGUUUGAAAACAGGUUAAGUCUCUGUGAAUCAUGGCGUGGUCUUCGUGAUGAUAUACUUUCAUCCACCUCUGGAAUCCCUGGUUGCAUAUUUGUUCAUGCUUCUGGUUUUAUCGGCGGUAACAAAACUUACGAGGGAGCUUUACAAAUGGCAAAACACACUCUUAAAGCAUAAUUUUUAAAUGAAAAUUUUAUGCUAAAUAGUAACGCAAUUAUUGUGUUUAUAGUUCCAUUAAAUUCUUAAAGGAUAUUUCAUUUCACAUUGAAGUUGCAGUUUUCUGCCGAAUACAAUUGGUUGCUUAGUUACUUAAUUAAAUGAACAUUUGACUAAAUUUUAUUUUUUAAUUUAAGCAAACUUAGUUACUCAUGUUUUGUUUAAUAAACCGACACCGAAUA